GGGUGCUGCCCCUUUAAGGAACCCCCAAGGACAACGGGACUGUGUGCACUGGCCACUCCGAGUGCAAACUCUUGGCGACAAGUGCAGAGCAGCAGGGGCAGGGACAGGAGCCCAGAGCGCAGAUAGGGAGAAGGCUGCUGGGACAGGGGUAGGGACGAGGCUGCCAGGGGAGUGGGUUGGGGUAGGGACAGGAGUCCAGAGGCUAGACAGGGACAAGAGCCCAUAUGGGGGCGGGCACUGCUGGGGUAGGGAUGGGGCUGCCCAGGCUGCCGAUGCAGAUGGAGCACCAGGGCUGGCUGGCAGGGCCAGGGCUGUGGGGGCACCAGGGCUGGCUAACCGCCCAGCUCUGUCUUGCCAUCGGCCUGUUCUUGGCAGAGGUGGUGGCCAGCCGGGUCACAGGCUCGCUGCUGGCUCUCUCCUGCUCACUCCAGACACUGGGGAUGGUGCUAGCGCUGGGGGUGGCUCUGCUAGACGGCCAGCUGACCUGCGGCGCACACCCUGAUUGCAGGAACACCUUUGGAUGGGUGCGGGCCCGAGUGGCAGGGACCCUGGUGUGUGGUGUGUUCCUGACAGCACUGUGCCUGGCCCUGCUGCCCAGAGCAUUGCACCGGGCAGGGCACCCCCAGGUGACAGAGCGGCCCCUGGCACUGGUGGGAGUCGGGGCUGCUGGGCUCCUCAUCCAUCUGGCUGGGGUGAGGCUGGAUGGGCAGCACCAUCCCUCUCGGGCGAAAAGUCACCACAGCAGCAGUGCCAGCACCAGCAGAGAGGGUGCAGCUACAGGCAGAUCUGCCCAGGAGACACAAGACCUGCUGGGGAACAGGCAGCCCUGGCUAGAGGACGGGUGCUUGCCUGCAGAGGAGUCUGGUGCCCGGUUGGCUCUCUGCCUUCGCCUCCUGUCUGCCUCCUUGGGCCCUGCCACUGUGCUGCUAUAUUCACUUGCCUUCCACCUGUUGUGGCCCGCAUGCGCGGAGCAAGUGGCCUGCCUGCCCCCCAGCAUUGGGACACCAUGCCGGCCCCUAGGCAGCCCUGCACCAGCCCUGGCAGAGCUGGGGACCUGCUGGCUGCUGUACCUGGACCCUGGGCUUUGUGUGGUUAUGGUGCUGGCCUUGAUCCUUUUGGCUGCCCCAUCCCUGUGGGGCUCUGCCCUGGUGCUGCUGCAGGCUGUGCCCGACCAUCUGGACCUUUGGCGACUUGAGUUGCAUCUGAGGGGCACGGAGGGGGUGGCAGCCCUGCGUGAGCUCCAUGUCUGGCAGCUGGACAGUGCCUACAACCUGGUGGCCACAGCCCAUGUCGGGUGCCUGGACACUGCCUCCUACGGGGCUGUGGCCAGGAGGAUCCAGCAGGUGUUCUGGGAGCAUGGGAUCCACACAGCCACGGUGCAGCCCGAGUUCGGUGCACUUCAGAGACCAUGCUGCAUGGCAGCAGGUGCGGGUGAUGGCUGCAUGGGGCAUGGUGAGGCCCCCAGGAAGAGGCACCCGUCACUCCCAUCCCCCAGCCCCACGGUGAUCCUGGAGUACGAGACCAUGGUGUGAGCCAUGGGAGCCACCUCUGAACUAGCACUUAAAAGCGGCACAUCCUGGAGCGAGCGGGGGCCAUGGCAGCAACUCCCCAUGAGCAGCGUCUGCUGCCCCCACUCCUCAGGCAGGUUGGGUGUUGAGAACUGUGCCAGCGCCCCCACCCCCUUGCCAUGCCACUGCUCUUUGCCUGCCCCAGGCCCAUGUGAGUUUCCCGGAGGGAGAAGCCAGGGGCAUGUGGGGGAGCAGUGGGGUGUUGGCAGCCCUGAAGACUGAACAUUAAAUGGGGAGCAGAAACCGGCCUCCAAGGAUCAGCAGCACUAUGGGGAUUUGGAACCUGCCGUGCUGCGGGACGGGGCUGCCUCCAGGACUCACCAAGUGCCAUGCUGCGGGACAGGGCUGCCCCUGGACUCAGCACUCAGGACAGGCCGUGGCACAGGAUGCGGCUCCCCACAGGACUCAGGACAGGAUAUGCCACAGGACGGGGCUGACGUGGGACUUCCCCUUUUAGAGCACUGCAAAUAAAGGGUACAGAGUUGCCUGC